UGUCAGGUGCCCAGGGAAGAAAAAAGAGAAAAGAAGAGGAGGAGAAACGAGAAAAAGACAGAGGUAGGUAACGUUAGCCUACAUGAAAUUAUUUGUCUGAAUGUGAUAGUAACCUAAAUUUUUAGCAUUAAGCUAAUGUUACAUGAUUCGCUAAUUGCUAAUCAAUAAAUAGCUAGUUAACUGUUUUAACGUCAGUUAAUAUUGUGGAGGGGGCUAAAUUGUUAUGGAAAAUAAUAAUGUAACGUUAGGUAAUUACAGUACUCCCACCUUUCCCACCAUUCCUCAUUUGUAUUCAUCUUUUAAGCAGGUGUUUUUUGUUUACAUUGUUAUUGCCUUCUGGUUAGCUAACGUUUACCCUGCAGGUAAUAGUCACUUUUCCACCCCUGUAUAUAUUGUAGUUGUAAGCCUAGUUGUUAAAGUGCACAUCAUUAAUGUUAAUUAAGCAAUAUCACAUGAGAGGGAAUGCUGUUUUUUAAUAUGAGCACUGCUGUGAUUCGGUCAAAGAUAAACAUAACAUUCUCAUAUGAUAUUAUACUGUUACUUUGCAUUCUGCUAUUCAGCAUUUCACUGUAAUGAUGACAAUAAAUUGAAUCUAAUCUAAUUUGCAUAUCAGUUAACAUCAUACAUAUAUCUCUUUGGUUUUUCAUUUAUAUUAUACCAUUUCAUUUUAUUCCUGGAAUCAUAUGUUUUUAUUAUUAGACUUUAAUACUCAGUGGUGUCACAUACUCCUCUCUUCAGAUGCACUGUUGAAGUUUCUAAAUCCCACCCCUGGGCCAUCUACCACAUCUACCGCUGCUGCCUCCACUUCAGCAGCACAACCCACCAGUGAUGCAGCAUCAGCAGCACAACCCAGCCAUGAUGCAGCAGCAUCAAGCGGUCUUCCUGUUGCCUCCACCUCAGCAGCACAACCCAGCAGUGAUGCAGCAGCAUCAAGCGGUCCUCCUGCUGCACCAAUAGACCCUGCUGACUGGCCUUCUGCUUUAACUGAAAAGGUACGAACAGAGUUAGUUCACAGAGGUCCAUUUGUAAUUGAUAGUGACUUCACAUUCCCGAAACAGAAAGACGGACGAAGGUGUCAGCAUGAUUAUUUUAACAGACUCUUAAUCAAUGGGGAAAAGGUGAGAAGAACCUGGCUUAUGUAUUCGAAAAAAGAGGAUAGCUUGCACUGCUUCUGCUGCAAAAUGUUUUCCAAGAGAGAUUACAAACUGAGUAGGGAAGGUCUGAAGGACUGGAAAAAUGCAAGCCACUUGCUCAAGGUCCAUGAGGAUAGCCAGGAGCAUAAUGCUCACAUGGCAACAUGGAAGGACUUGGAGGUCCGUUUUGCGAAAGGACUCACAAUAGAUAAACAAGAGAUGGCACUUGCUGAGGCUGAGAGAAAAAGAUGGCGUGAAGUUCUACAUCGUUUGGUGGCAAUAAUUCAGUCCUUAGCUGAAAGAAACAUGGCUUUCAGGGGGUCCACAGACACAUUAAAUAAACCAGACAAUGGCAAUUUUCUGAAAGAAGUGGAGCUUAUGGCCAAAUUUGAUCCAGUGAUGAAGCAGCAUGUCAGUAGAGUAGAAAGUGGAGCUGGUAGUCACAUACAUUAUCUGGGAAAAACAAUCCAAAAUGAACUGAUUAACACCAUCAGUUCAAGAAUAAUAAAACGCAUUGUGGAAGAUAUCAAAACAUCAAAGUAUUUCUCCAUCAUUUUAGAUUGCACACCUGAUCUGAGUCAUAAGGAACAGCUCUCUGUCAUAGUCAGGAUAGUGUCACAAGAAGACAUACCACAAGUUAAAGAGAAUUUCCUGGGCUUUCUUGUUGCAGAGGAAUCAACAGGAGAUCAUUUUUCCACUCUCAUCCUAAAACGGAUAGAGGAGCUUAACAUUCCUUUUGAAGACUGCAGAGGACAGUCCUAUGACAAUGGGGCCAACAUGAAGGGAAAAAAUAAAGGUGUUCAGGCAAGGUUGCUUCAGCUAAACUCAAGAGCUUUUUUGGUCCCAUGUGGUGCCCACACUUUAAAUCUGGUAGUAGCUGAUGCUGCAAAAAGCUCACCAGAUGCCCUUGGCUACUUUGGGCAUUUAGCAAAAUUAUUCAAGCUCUUCUCAGCCUCCACCCAUAGGUGGGGUGUUCUCCUGAAACAUGUGAAAACCACCUUGAAAUCAUGGGCUGAGACCAGAUGGGAAAGCAGGAUAAAAAGCAUUGAUGCAGUCAGAUAUCAGGCUCGGCAAGUCAGAGAGGCUCUUCUGGAGGUGAGGGAAACAGCUACAGACCCUGUGGUCAGAGUUGAAGCCCAGUCUUUGGCUGAGGAGAUUGGAUCCUAUCGUUUUUCUCCAGUCUCCAGAUGA